ACACGUCAAGUAUCCUAAAUUUCACGAGCCAGAUUCCUUCCUUGCAACAUUGCUAAGAAAAAAUGGGUCCAUCAUCGCGGAAAAGCAGCCUAAAAGCUAUGAGUCGUUCUCUGAUGAUGGGAAUGUUGACGCUACCACUACUUGUCUCCGGUUCAGCAAUACCUACCUCAUCUGGGGUUACACGAGGCCUCCUAUCCAACAACAACAACACGGCACCGCACAACGUGACCCUUGACACCGCCGAGCCUCAGUGGAUCGCCUCUGAUCGGGUCCAGAUGCUAAGAAUCGUCAUCAACGCCAUCAGGAAGAAUCGCGCGCUGGGAUGCAAGCCUAUCGACCCGGAAGACAUCUACGACCGAAUGGAACGGUUCACUAAGAAGGAGAUCCGAGGCGACGAGACGUGGGCCCGGGCGCUGACGAGGCUCGUUCAGUACAAGAUCUUCCAGCAGUCCAUCCCGGGCGACGCGGACCAGGCCACGUUCGCGACCAUCACGGCUACGAUCCGGGGUUUAAACGACGAGAUCUCGGAGCCCGCUUCGCUUAUGGGGGGUUUCCCCCGAGUCCUGGACGCGCUCGAUCCUAUCCUCAACGACAUCUGCAACCAAACGGAAAGCAGCAAGGUUGACCGACGACUUCAAGAGAUCGUCGACAUCGUGCAAGUUGGGCUCCACACGCCGUUGCCGCCUCACCAGGCACUAUCACCACCUCCCCUAUGCCAUUGUCUAGUCCAUGGCAACUCGAACAAUGGUACAGAAUGCCCAAAGGCAGCGAUUAUCAAUUGGAACCCCAACAGAGUGGGCGGUUGGGAAUGUCUCUGCGUCGAGGAAUGUCAAAAGUGA